CAACUUCAUCAUUCUUGAUUCAUAAUCUUUUCUGAAUAAUUUGUGCAAAAGUCCUACGAUCAAAAUGACAUCUCUCUCGACCAAACUUGCUGCCCUUGAGGCUAGUGGCAAGCCUAUCCAGGUGGGUAUCAUCGGAGCUGGGAAGUUCGGAUCAAUGUACAUUUCUCAAUCACAUCGAACAGUUGGAGUUCGCCUUGCAGCCAUUGCCGACCUCUCCCCUGAACGUGCGCUCAACUCCCUCAAGCGUACUGGAUUUCCCGAAGACAAGUAUGACACCACAGCUUCAUUAUCUCUCGAGGAGGGCCUCAAGCAAGGCAAGACUGUCAUCACCACCGACUCUGCUGCCAUGAUCGCGACACCAGGCAUCGACGUCAUUCUCGAGGUUACGGGCAACCCAGCUGCUGGUGUUCGCCACGUGCUUCUGUGCUGCGAACACAAGAAGCAUAUCGUCAUGGUCAAUGUUGAGGCCGAUGUUCUUGCAGGACCCCUUCUCACCCGAAAGGCGAAGGAGGCGGGAAUCAUCUACUCUAUGGCAUACGGAGACCAGCCUGCCCUCAUUGCCGAGCAAGUCGACUGGGCAAGAGCUGCAGGGUUCGACGUUGUGUGCGCUGGAAAAGGCACGAAGCAUUUACCACAAUACCACAGCUCAACUCCAGACACCAUUUGGAACUACUACGGUUUCACGGAGGAGCAGUUAGCCAGCGGUGACUUCAACCCUCAAAUGUUCAACUCUUUCCUCGAUGGAACAAAAUCUGCCCUCGAGAUGGCUGCCGUUGCUAACGGCUGCGACUUGUCUCCUCCUUCCGAUGGCCUUGCAUUCCCGCCUUGCGGCACUCACGAUCUUCCCGAGGUCUUGAAGCCUGCUAGCGAUGGCGGCCAGCUUCAGAAGAAGGGCACUGUCGAAGUUGUCUCAUGUUUAGAGAAGGAUGGUCGUUGGGUACACAAUGACCUACGAUGGGGUGUUUACGUCGUCAUCGAAGCUCCCGGCCCAUACCAGAAGGACUGCUUCAAGCAGUACGGCCUCAAGACUGAUUCUACGGGCAAAUACGCUGCUCAAUACAAGCCUUACCACUUGAUUGGACUCGAGCUUGGCAUUUCAAUCGCCAGCAUUAUGGUUCGUGGCGAGCCUACCGGACAGUGCAAGACUUGGUCCGGUGAUGUUGUCGCAACGGCGAAGCGCGAUCUCAAGGCUGGCGAGAAGCUCGAUGGCGAGGGUGGCUUCAUGGUCUAUGGCAAGUUGAUGACAUCCGAAGAUUCGCUCGCUAUUGAGGGUCUCCCUAUUGGUCUUGCUCAUGGUAUUGUUCUCAAGAGGGACGUCAAGAAGGGACAAGGCCUCUCUUGGGCAGAUGUCGAGUACAGCGAGAAGUCUCAGGCUGUUGCCGUGCGAAGGGAGAUGGAGGCAAUCUACCGAAAAGAGUUCCAAGUAGCUGGUCGUAUCCCUUCUACUACUAAGACAAAUGGGGUCAAUGGGGUCAACGGUGUGCACUAA